GUCUUAUUUCCUCAACUUUUUAAAAAUGAAUGUUAUAUAUAACAUAAACUUUAUACCUCAAGUAAAAUUCUAAUUACAAAUUAAAAAUUCUGAAUUAAUGAAGAAAAGUAUGAUUAAUAUGACUUACCGCAGACAUUUCCAUACUCUGCUUUACUUCAACCAUUUUUUAAUUUAAUUUUUUAAAGAAAGCCCGUUAUUUUUUUACAAUUUAUGGAAUUUCUAAUUCACCAUUCCUAAUUUGUUUCAGUGUAUGCAUACAAGUUAUUUCAAAAGGUUAGACGGAAUUUAUUACUCUUGAUUUUCCGGGAUUUGUUAUAAAUUUAUUAGAAACAGAACUAGUUGAAGUUUGAAAAACGCGGCAAACCUAAACCGUGUAUGACGUUACUAGCCACAGCUGAUUCUAACCAAUGAGUUAGUUGUUACUCUAGGGUGACAGUGUGAUUUGUUUCUACAGCUGUAUUUGAAAUUGAAAAGCAUGUGCUCUUAUUUUUCCUUCUUGCGACCAAAGGGUCAGAUUUUAAAGAAUUUGUCCUGUAACUACAGUAAAAAUGCCAAGAAAAACGUUAAAACAGCUAUUAUGAUGUUAAACAUGGGUGGCCCCCAAACUACUGACCAAGUACCUGACUAUUUAUUGAGAAUAAUGACAGAUCGGGAUAUGAUUCAGCUUCCAGUUCAAAGUACAUUAGGUCCAUACAUCGCCAAAAGAAGAACUGCAGAAGUUCAGAAAAAAUAUGGCGAAAUUGGUGGUGGUUCUCCCAUUCAUAAAUGGACUAAAUUGCAGGGCGAGUUGUUGUGUCAUAAGCUUGAUAACUUAUCUCCUAGUACUGCUCCUCAUAAGCACUAUGUUGCCUUUAGAUAUGUUAAUCCAUUAACUGAAGAAACAGUUCAGGAAAUUGAAAGAGAUGGACCAGAAAGAGUUGUUAUUUUUUCACAAUAUCCACAAUAUAGCUGUGCUACUAGUGGGUCUAGUUUUAAUGCUCUCUAUACAUUCAUGUCAAACAGGGAAAGAAAUCCAAAUAUAAAAUGGAGUCUAAUUGAUAGGUGGCCAAUACAUCCUUUGUUUACAAAAACGGUGGCUGAUAGAAUCACAUCUGAACUCAAACUAUUUCCGAAAGAAACACAAAAGGAUGUGGUUAUAUUAUUUUCUGCACAUUCUCUGCCAUUGAAGGCUGUAAACCGUGGUGAUCCUUACCCCAGUGAAGUUGGGGCUACUGUGCAACUUGUUAUGCAGGAAUUGUCUUAUUGUAACCCGUACUGUUUGGUCUGGCAAUCCAAAGUCGGCCCACUACCGUGGUUGCAACCUUAUACUGAUGAAGCUAUAAAAGGUUAUGUAAAACAAGGGAAGAAAAAUUUUAUUCUUGUUCCUGUUGCAUUUGUUAAUGAACAUAUUGAAACACUGCAUGAGUUGGACAUUGAAUACUGCAAAGAACUUGGAGAAGAGUUGGGAGUUGAAUGCAUCAGAAGAGCUGCUGCUCCUAAUGAUCAUCCACUCUUUAUUUCUGCUCUAGCAGAUAUCGUUAGUUCUCAUUUGAAAGGUGAUUGUAAAGUCAGUCCAAAAUUUUUAACCAGGUGUCCGCACUGCACCAAUCCAAGAUGUUAUAAUGCAAAGAAGUGGUUCGCCGAAUUGUGUUCCCCUGAUCCAAAAAAGGAUACUGCAGCUGCCCCUAUCCCGGAUUUAUUGAAACCUGAUAUAAUUGAUGUGAAAUAGAAAGCUUUAAGACUUCAUCCACAAUCCAAUGAUGGACAGGGAUGGUAUCUUAUCAUGAAUUAUUUUUCCUUACAAUGUUAAAAAGGAAGAAUUAGAUGUGACCUAAGAAAGAAUGUAUGCCUGUCUUCCAAAAAUAGGCGAGUGGAGUGAUUUUUCCUGAAGCAUAAUUUUGAGGAAGAGCGAAGAAGAAAGAACGCAAAUAUUUUGGAGAAAAAAUGCCCGAUUAUUGCUAGAAAUUAUUUAAUUUUUUUUUUAACGAUAGCAUGUCUUCCUAAACUGAUAUUAAGUUACACUUGCUUAUUACCUUAUUGGCGAUUAUUAAAUAUUAACAACGGCUCCGUGGUAUAUUCCAUUUCAUAAAUUAAUUACCAUAAAUGUAUUUCAUGAGUUGUCAUUAAAUAUUAUUAAAAUUUUGAAUG